AUGGAAAAAGGAGAGUUGCGCAAAAAAAGGACAGUCGAAGUCCUACCAGAAAUUUCCUCUGAGAAUGCAAUAAUUAAUGACCUUGAGAAAUUCAAAAGACCGCCAACUCCCUUUAAUACACGUUACCCAAAUGCCGACUCAAAACUUUCCACUGUUUGGGAUUCAGGUUCCUCUUCGUCCCCAUCAGACAAUGAUUUUUCAAGGUUUAGAAUCAAACCAAAUCAAAAACUUCCUCGUCCUGCCCAUUCUUUGCUACAAAAGCCAAAACGCGCUUAUUGUUCAAACGAUCCCCACAAGAAAGAUAUUAAUGAAAAUAAGCUUACGUGUAAACCUGCUUCCAGAAAGCUUACAUAUCCAAGCUCAAACCUGAAUCGUAACCGUGAGUGUCCUUCUAUGAAAGACUCUUCAAAAUAUGAAACCGAACUGGAUGAUAUCGAUAAGUUAUUUCCUAUGUCAGCUGGUUACAAUUCAAGUUACUCCUAUGCAGAUGAAAAUGAACGAUCCUUUCUUAUUACAAACUUCCAAACAGAAAGAAAAAUACCAAACGAAAACUCCCCAAGCCCUCUCACAGAUGAUCUGAGUCCACUGUCAUCAAAUGAGUCUCUGCUAUCAGCAUGUUCUGAAGAGCCUUUGACCAAAGAAGUAGACACCGAACAUAGAAAAGCUUUUUCUGAGAAGACAAAGAUAUGCACUUUCUUGGAUGAUGUCGAUCCUUCUAGUGUUGUCGACAACCUUAGUGACUAUUCGGAUUGCUUCGAUGAAUUUGGCAUUCCCUUACAAACCAUGCCUGAAGAUGUAGUAUCACGUAACAACUACUCGAAAUUAAAGUCUUCCUCAAGCUUUUCCCCUUUUCUGGGACACCACCAAUCUCGCAGAUUUAAGCCGAAUGAAUAUCGAGUCAACAAAGAGCACCUUCAAAAUAUCGAAAAAAAUUGUACAGAAGUUGACCCAAAAGAUUUUUUUGUUGCAUUACAGUUUCAUAAUGCAAAAGCCAUUAUUGCUCUUUAUAUAGAAUGGCGUCUAAGGUACUACGAAACAAUGAUGGAGAAAGGAAAAAAAUCUUUAGAGAAGCUAGAAUCCAUGAGGAGCAUGCCUCAUAACGUCUUAUGGUUGGGAAACUUUGGAGACCCUGAAGUUGAGAAAAAGUUGAAUCAAUAUGAUCGAAGGUGUAUCUCGAAUUCUUUUAUGUUCAGCAUUAUCCACGGAAACGACCGCCGUGUAAAGUCUGAUUCCACAAAACAAGUCAAUAUUCCCGAUCUGUUUAGAGAGUCUUUCCAGAGUAUGACAGCUGCCGCUUCAAUUUCGAAAGCAGAGGUAAAAUCCAAUCGAGAUUUAAGGAAUCAGUAUCUAAUUAAGAAGUAUAUUCCGAAGGGAGAUUAUGACUUUCUAUACGCAGCUCUCUACUACGCUGCUUAUAAGCAAGAGUCUGGCUUGAAGACAGUAUCCAUUUUGGAUAUUCUACCUCAAGAUGAAUUGGACGAUUGGUGGUAUGUUAAUUUAAAAAUAACAUCGUUUGUUACGCCGAAAAUAUGUUUUAAGUACUUGGAUGAAGUAGCCAAGUCUUCCCGGUACAAACUUACACAUGCCGAAAAGAAGCCUUCCAAAGUUAUUAAACAGCCAGUUUUUUAUAACAUCCUAGCAAAUAAGCCGACAAAGGAGUUGUUUGAAUCUCAUGAGCUAAUUACUAUCGCGGAACUAAUUUCCCUUGAUGAACCUGGCUUGCUGAAUGGAGAAGACGGAAUGCAAUUUUACUUACACCAGUUUCAAAACCUGUGUAACGAAAAGAGAAAAGACUUUCGGUUUUCUCCUGAUGAAGUAUUUGAAGAUGCCUUUCGUCAGAGACAUAUGGAAGGAGAUCACUCUGCUCCAUUACCUAGACGUGGUGAACGCUUAGAAAAGCGUAAUGUCUACUACAGCAAAUACGCAAAUCAUAAAAUAUUUAUGUCCAAAACUUUAAAGAGACAUGGGUCUAUAUACGAAGUCGUUUCCGAUGGACUAGGAAGAGUAUUUUAUGGUGCCGUUCUAGAUUAUGCUAAUACUCGCAACAAUAUAUUAGUUCAUUUGGGACUCAAUCCUAUUGCAUUACCGUCCGAGGAGGAAAUUGAAGAGCAUGAGAAUUCUUUAGAGCAUUAUCACAAUGGGCUCUCAUUGAAUCAUUCUGCAGAAUAUAUUUACGAAAUGUGUGGGACGCAUUCACGCGCUACUGAGCACCAGACAGAGGUAUUAAAAAAGUCUGUCUUUUAUUCAGCGGACGAAUGGAAAGAACAGAAUUUACUAAAGCGAAUGGUUUCUUUUCGCAUACUAGAACCAACUACAAAUGUAACAAAGUUUGAGUACGAGUUAUUGCGAACGUUUUACCCAGACCGGUUGUUUUUAAACCAUAGCAAAUCGGGGAAAACAUUGACACCUGCGCAGUACCAUAUGCUGGAUCAGUGGAGAAGAGACUUGUAUUUAUCAAGCCUACCUAUGGUUGAUGAAAAAAGUCGUUUAUUUCCUUACUGGCUGAAAUUAUCUUGUAGUGAACUGUUUUAUGCGAACGAGCACGCGGCCAUGAAUAGCCAGAAACCUGAUGAUAUUGACUUUGAUAAAUACGAACCUUUACCAGAAAAUUCUUUUAUGGUAGCAGCAGAAAUGCGGGUGCUUCGAAAUAUGCGACACAGAGAUGUAGAAAGAAUUCCGUUUUUGGAUAAGUCUGAAGUUCAAGCUUUGUACCAAUUGCUACGAAAAAUCAAGAAAUAUUAUACUGUUGAUGACAUGUUGUGUUCAAUGAGGAUGGAUGACUUUACCACUUUGCUUCAAAGGUAUGAGAGCCUUUCUUGUUACAGAUUUUUGCGUCCGGACUAUGAAAGAUUACUGUACCAUGGUCAUUACAUUUACAACUUUUUUAUGAAUAACGUGGUCAACAUGCCUCCCAAAAUAGUAUAA